AUGUCCCGUGCCAAUACAAAGGAAACAAGACAACGAAGGGCAAGAAGCAAUGCCAAAAAGCACCAGAUUAUCCCAACAUGGGUACUUUUCGUCACACCUGCCAUGCUCAUAUUCAUGGGAUACGCGUCAGAGCACUACAGAAAGUCACGGGGACUCGAUCCAUUACUUCGGCGACCUCUGUCCAAAAUUGCGUCAAGAAUCGCCUCCAGAUCAUCGAAAUCAAAUGAAUAUAUGCGAAGAAGCUUGCUGACUGCAGAAGAAGACGGCGCGCUUGAAAAAUACGAUGGGAAGACGUUGCAUUUGAUUUUCUCGACUGAUUGCUCACCGUAUCAACAUUGGCAAAGUUAUCUAGUAUACUACACGGCGAUGAAAGUCAAGCAACCGGGCCACGUCACGCGGAUAGUGUCUGGAUGUGAGGAUACAGAGGCCGACCAAAUGAAAAGUUGGUUUGAAAACAAUAUCAGUCAUAUGAGCAAGCGAUUUCAUCUACACUUCACUCCUCACUUCUCUCAAGUUGUCAAUGAAGAAGGAAAAAUAGUGGGAGACUACAAGUUUUUCAAUAAACCAUAUGGACUGAGACACUGGCUACAAAAUUUUGAACUUUUGGGAUUUAAUGAUGGCAAGUUUAGCAAUCCAGACGAUAUCGUCAUCUUAAACGACCCUGAUAUGGCGUUGACAAGACCAAUAACUGGUGACUUUUCAGAUAUGGAGGAGACAGUGAUCAGCAAGUUUCGACAAGGGGAUAAGAUCUUAGGGACCAAAGUGACAAGGGGCAUGCCAUUUGCCCAGACGUACGGAUUAGGCGUUCAAUGGCAAAAAUUUGACUUGGACAAGAUUGCAGGUCCCGACUCGCCGGCAAAGCAAGUAUCAAAGGAGGAUGGUAACUUGUACUACCCAGUAGGGGCACCGUAUCUAGGCACCCUUGGUGACAUGUACAAGAUUGCCAACAAAUGGUCGGAAUUUGUUCCAAGAGUCCACGCUCAAUACCCACAUCUUCUUGCCGAAAUGUAUGCAUACUGCAUUGCAGCAGCUCACUUGAAACUUCCUCACCAACUUAUCGACUCAUUGAUGGUGUCAAGCCCUGGGACUGGAGGUGAAGGGUGGCCACUGGUGGACGUCAUCCCGCCUUCAGAAACUUGUGGCUUUGCUCAAGGCCCAGACCACAGUAAGUAUUCCCUUCCCUCAGUGAUUCAUUUAUGCCAAAGAUAUUCCCUUGGAGAAGAGUGGUUCUUUGGGAAACGAAAAAUACCAACCGACAUUUUUGAAUGUGAGACACCACUUUUUGAGGAACCUCCUGCCAACCUGGCGACGCUUUAUGACUUCAAAAAGCCACCAAAUGCCAAAGAAAGAACACCGUUGACUCCAAAGGUGGCUAAUGAACAGGCAUUCAUGGUGUGCUUUCUGACAUCCCUUCUGAACGAAGCUGCGACCUUUUACAAGAAAAGUGGAUGUAGUGUUGAAUCGGUCAAUUUCCAGAGGUCUCGAACUGUCGCAGACUUGUUCAAAAACUAG